AUGCUCGACAAGCUUGCACCUGAGCUUGUGGUUCACAUCGCCUUUGCCACCGGCUUGCUCUCGCCGGGCGAUGUUCUGGCACUGGCGACCUGCUGCCGGAGACUGCGGACGGUACUGACUCAGCCAGGCUUUGUUCACGAGUGCUGGCUCUCGCUCGGCGGCCUGGCAUGGACUGUGGAGCACUCGCUCUGGACCGCCGCCCGCCUUGCCGCUCGCCACACCGCCUCGCCUCGCGACCUCGAGUAUGCGCUCCGCACCGCCGUCAGCGUGACGCCAUCCGACGCGCCGCGCGUCCGUCGUCGUGCGUCAGCCAAGCACGGCUUUGCCUUUGCCUUUGGCCUCGGGCCCGAGCCCAGUCCCGGGCUCCGCCGUUGCUCGGGCGCUGAGCUGACGGUGCCUAUGCCGUCGCCGGCCAUGGUCUCGCCGAUGCCAGCGAGUCUUUUGUCGCCGGCCGCCGAUGCCGCGUCGCCUCGGACCCCGGUGCCGCCGGUCUCGCCCACCCCCGCCACGCCGCGAUAUCUGCUCGGCCCGGAUUCACCGUCGUCGUCAGCUGCACCCUCGCUCUCGGUCUCAGUCACCGCGUCGGCCUGCCCAACCCCCGGCCCUUCGCCGGGCACGCUCUCGACGCUGCCGUCGUCGGGCACGCGCGACCAGUGGUUCCGCCUCAUCCGCGCCAUCCUCCGCCACCCGCUGCUCGACCCGCGCUGGCUCGCCACCAACAUGGUGCUCACCAUCGCCGCCAAGCACGGUCACGCCGACGUCGUCGCACUCCUCCUCGCCGACGACCGCAUCGACCCGGCCCGCCAUCACUCGGCCGCCCUCGGCUCGGCAGCCGAGCAUGGACACCUUCCGGUCGUCGAGCUGCUGCUCGCCGACGGCCGAGCCGACCCUUCUGCCCGCGACAACUUUGCCAUCCGCUGGGCGUGCGAAGCCGGUGCCUCUGGCGUCGUCGAGGCUCUCCUCCGCGACCCGCGGACCGAUCCCAACGUUGACGACCUCGCGCCGCUCAGCAUCGCUGCCGAGCGCGGCCACGCUCCGAUUGUUCGCAUGCUCCUGGAGCACCGUCCACCGGUUUCGGUCCGCGCCGACAGCGACUUUGCGCUUCUCUCGGCCGCCGCCGCAGGUCACGUCGACGUCAUCCGCCUCCUCCUUGCCGACGCUCGCGUAGACCCGUCGGUCCGCAACGACGCCGCCUUGCGCCGCGCCAUGCACAAUGGCCAUGUCGCCGUCGUCCGCGAGCUCGUCGCCGACGAACGCGUCGACGCCGCCCUCGCCGUCGAGCAGGCUCGCUCGUGCGGAUUUCACGACAUGCUCGCAGAGCUUGUCUCCCACCCGCUCGCUGCUUCCUCGUCGUCGCCACGUGUCGAUGCCAACGUCGACGUCUACGCCGCUGCCGCUGCUGCCGCCAUGCUCAAGCCAGUUGUGCCAGCCGCUGCCGCCUCGUCCCUCGGUGCUUGA